AUGCUGGACUACGAGUCAGAAGAAGAUAUAGAUUGUGUUGAAUUUGAUUUUUCAAUUCCCCUAGAUCACAGAACUACAAAUUUGACAGAGCGUCACGAUGAGAUUGCUCAUUUAUUGGGAUUGACAUCCGACGAUAAUGAUGAAGAUACUGAUGAGGAAGACAGUCUACCACUACUACUAUUUAAAACAAUUGCAGCAUUAUGUGAUCCAUUCACGCAACCAGAAGAGUCAAAUGAAUGUAUACUAAGUGUUGAUUGUAUAUCUGAUUUGAUAAUUGCUAUUCUGUAUAAAUCGUAUGUCCAGAAGCACGAAUCUGCCAAAGACAUGCUUAUUGAAUCCAUUAGAUUCGACAUAUCUACUAUUUUAUUUGGAAUACUACGUGAGAUUCAUAAAUUGUUAAAUGCGAAUGAUGAACUUCAUUUAAGAUAUAUAAACAAUGACGAAGCACACUAUAUGGAAAAUCUACCGAAAUGGACCCCUAUACCGAUAAUUGCCCAAAACGAGUACACACUUAGAUUAGUUUAUUCAAUUGCGUGUGUGAUAAUUCUAGCCAUGUAUAAAUUAUUUAUUCCCAAGACAGGUGAUUAUAAUUUGACAAGUAAUCCUUAUUUACAUUACUUCUUGAAACUUUGGAAGUGCCACACCAAUAUUAUACUACUAGGGUUAGAAAUAGAUAGAAGGCUAGAAUUUCUUAAUCAUGAGAAAGGAACACACGAAGAAACUCCAAUGAUUGUUGAAGAUACAUUGAAAGGGUCCAGUUCUAUACGGUAUGUUCUUGCAUGGAUAUUAAAUCAGAACCCAUCUUCAACAGGUAUAGAACAUGAAGAUGAGGACCAAGAUACCCUAAAAGACAGUAGUAACGGUGAUAAACUUCAAAACCCGAAUGAUUAUGGAAUUGAUUUAAGGAACGAGACUGUAUUUAAUUUUGUUCAACCACUAGCGAGAAAGAACACAAAUGGAGGAGCUAUACUGCUUGAUAUGAGGUUAGUUUCAAUUGCAUUAUUGAUUUUGUAUUCAGGAACAUCAUUUACUGCUGGUGUCUAUCAAAUUGAUGAUAAUCCAUCGGUGAAUGAAGACCAGGCGGGCAGGAGAUUAAACCAAUCAAAACCGAUCUCUGAGAUUGGCGAUAUUUUGAUAGAUUUGGAAUAUGCGGAUAGAUUUGAUGAAGAUAUAAAGUACAUGUUGGAGUAUGAUUAUGAUGAGGAUGAUGAUGAUGAUGAUGAUGACGAGGAAAAUGAAAAUGGAAAUGAAGAUGAAUAUGAUAACGGAGAAGCCAGUACAAAGUCAAUAUCAAAUCCGAAAGGCAAAUUAGAUAAAAAUGAUCUUCCAUCUGAGGUUGGUGAAGCACUCACAGCUUCUGGAAUUGAAUUCGAUGAGUUUGGUAGAGAUUGGAGAGACAUUCCAAGAGGAGAGAAUAGGGAGUUUAAUAAUUUAUUCACAACAAGGUGUAAACAGUUUGACAAGCUAACAGAUAAGAGUGAUUCUGACGAUUUCUUUGUCACAUGGGAUGAGCUAUACGAAACAUUUGAAUUUUUAGUUACGAACUCAAUUGAAGGAAAUUCUCAAGCUGAAUCUAGAAUUGGCCAAGUAGUGAUCAAUACCAUAGCUAAAGCAAUUAAGGAUAAUUUGGCAGAAACUGAAUCUGCGAUAACCCCAUCCAAGAUUUACAAGUACUGGACGUCACUGGCUAGUGUUGAAUCAAUAAAAAUUACUCAAGAUGAAAACAACAAAAUGAUUGUGCCUAUUUUUAAUGUCACUAAAUUUGAAUUGUUUCUUCAUAAUAAUUCGCAAGUUGCUAGAGCUGCAAUGGAUGAGAUGCUCAUGUGUGAAGGAUAUAGAAGAUUACUCAUAUGGUUUGUUACUCACAAUCUCAAUAUUUCCAUCUUGUUGAUUGAUUACGUCUAUCAACUAUUGGCUGGUCUUAGAGGCACCAAAGAGAUAGCUGCACCAUAUGCAUUCUCUAGAAAAGGGGACAAGCUACUUUUGAGUGAUAUUGAACAGCUGAUGUUAUUACAUGAGUUCCUAACAAACAGCAAUGUUUACCUUUCAGCAACUAAUGGGAUUGAAAUAGAAGGCGGGUAUCAGGUUGUCUUGGCCGAGUCAAUUGCUAAGAAGCUCAUGUCAUUGCUAUGUAUCAUGAUCAAUCAUCUUAUCAAACUUGGAAUUAUUGAUUUGUCAGAGAAAAAAGACGAAGAGGAUGAUAUUCAUGACUAUCGAAAUGAAUUACAAGUAUUGCUUAUCAAUUGGAUUGGAAAAGUCCCAGAAGCUAGACAAUUGUUCUUCAAGAUUAAGAAUACUGGCCAAGAUGAACUUAAGAAAACAAAGGACGAGAAUACCGGUGUAACAAAGGAAUCUGAGUUGGAAUUAUUUCAUCUGUUUGAAUCAAAAUCUGUCCUCGAAAUCACCGAUGAGGUUGACAAGAAUGCACAGUAUAAGAAGGUUAUUGAAUCAUUUGCUGGUCGUAUUGAACAACAUUUAGAAGUUGUUUUAAACUCGAAUAAAGUGGCAAUGAAUUUAAAUGAAAUUAAUGAUGAUUUUCGAUUUUUCUUGAAUCAUUUUAAUACCCUAUGCAAGAUUGAAUAUUUAGCCGAACUCUUGUUUGAAAAGUUUGAACCAGUUAUAUCUUCAGGAUCGAUUACAGAGUUGGGAAAUGAACAAGGACCGGAAGAAUUCUUUGACGCCGAGUUCAAUACUGAUUUCUUAAAUGGUGAAGGUCAUUUUCAAGAGAAAGAGGAAGAAACCAAAAAGACCAACCAACAGAAACAACAAUCACAGGCAAAUACAAAGAAAAAGUCAAAGAAGAAAAAGAAAUCUAAAAAGAAGUAG